AUGGCUGAUGACCAAGUCCCAUGCCAUCAAGGCUCUGUUGCAGCAACCAAUCCUCUCAGGGACACCCAGGGCGGUGAAAAGCUAGGCUAUAGCGGAUCUAUUAGCACAGUUUCCGGGAGAAAAGAAUUUAUACUGGACGAUGAAGUUACAGGGGCAGUAGCCAUGGCAGAAGAGGACAGAGAACAAUGGGUAAUGAAAUUUGAUGGGUCUUAUACCACCCAAUCAAGGGGAGUGAGAGUAGUUCUGUACCAUGAAGAAGAUAAGGCAGUAGUGCUAUCAUUCAAACUGGAAUUCCCCUGUUCAAACAACAUGGAAAAAUAUGAAGCCUAUCUAACUGGGUUGGCCAUGGCUCUUGAAAUAGGAGUUAAGCACUUAAAGGUGAUGGGUGAUUCAAACCUGGUGAACUGCCAGGCCAAAGGGAUCUUCUCCCUAAAAGAACCCAGCCUAGCCCCAUACAGAGCAAUGGCCUAA